AUGGAAAGCCGUGCCGCAAUGGCGAAGUGGAGGCGGAACGCAGAUGCAAGCGCAAGACAAUCGAAUCACUGCACGUCGAUGUCGGGGGCAAAGCCUCUGGGAUAUCUUAGAUAG